AUUCACACAGGAAGUUUCCCAGAAAUUAGUUACUCGCUGCAGUUGAAUUUAGAGCAGUCCUGUAGUUGAUAAAUAAAUUGUUUCCUUGGAAAUGGCAAUCUAAGAACCCAGUUCAGCAUUACAAGCACACUGAAGAAAAAAGGAAUAAAGAUGAACCAGUUCACCUAUGAACAAGAGUUGGGGAAUCAUCUGGUAUGCUCAGAUCUUCUAUCCAGUUGUUGGGCUUAUAAUCGCAAGGUCAAUGAAGAAACCCCGCAAGUUGUGAACCUGGGCUUGUUGCCUCAAACUGUUAGAUACAAACGUUUUGAUGCUCAAGAUUCUCGUGGUCUUGCUGUUAUUGCUUUUUCUUCCUGCAUUUCUAUUGAUCUUCAUGGUGAGGGUCAACGUUUGGUUUCAUCUGCAGACCUCGACUUGAAGCAUUUUGAUUUUCUUUCCACAAAUUCUAACCCGUCCUUCUCUAUAAAUAACCUUGCUAUACAACUUUUUCAUUCUCUCCUUGCUCAACUGUCUCAGGAAAAGAUCGAUACUACGAAACCCUUGAUCAUAACUGGGCAUUCUCUUGGUGGAUCUGUUGCCUCACUUUUCACAAUAUGGCUGCUAAACAACAGCUACAAGAAAAUAGAGUACAGAAAAACCAAAUAUCCAAUUUGCUUAACUUUUGGGUCACCAUUACUUGGCAAUGAGGGCCUUCAAAAAGCCAUAUCAGCACGGCCAUCUUUGGAUUCAUGCUUUGUGCAUGUCGUAUUAAAGCAUGACCCAGUACCUGGAUUGUUCCUCUUACCCCACAACACUAUUGACUCGGUGUCGAAUUCCACAAGUCAAUAUAAAUCUUUUGGUUUAUACCUAUUUUGCUCUGAAUCUGGUGUUGCUUGUUUCUCUGAACCCGAGUUUGUCUUGGAGAUAUUGGGCAUCUUUAGUUCACAGAAUCGCCCAUUUGGUGAUUAUGGAUUGGUUUUGGAAGGCCUCAAAGGUAAGGCAAUUGUUAAAGGCACACGUUUAGCUGGAUUUGAUAACGAUCCAUUGUGCACUGGGAUCACAUUACAGCUACAGGCAAUUGGAAUUCAUGAUAUGCAGACUCAGUUGCAGAACAAUGUCAUGAUCAGAAGAAUUGAAACAAAGCAAAAGGAAUUCUUCGAACGCAAAGCUUAUCAAGUUGGUUUAGAUGAAAGUUUAAAAAAAAUGAAAACAGAAAUGGCCUAUAUGGAGUGGUACAAGAAGACGACAAGGACUCGAGGAGGUUACUACGACACCUACAAAAGUUCAACUAGAAACCGAGAUGAAACUGUAAGUAAAGCAAAAUUGGUCAAAUACCAAAGAAGUCUAACAAAGUGCUGGGCAAAUGCUGUUUAUGAAGCGAAGAGGACUGAUGGAAAAUCCUUCCCGUUUCGUCUCCUCAUGGCAGGAAAUAACUAUAGGAGGAUGGUGGAACCGCUUGAUAUAGCAGAAUACUACAAAGGUUAUAAACAAGGACAGAAAGACUACUGGGCCGGAGGAAGAUCAGAGCAUUAUAUUCUACUGGAGAAAUGGCUAAAUGAAAUGCAAAGCACACCUAGUCAGAGGACUAAAAGUUGUAGUUUUAAUGAGGAUUCUUGCUUUUGGGCACAUGUGGAAGAGGCAUUAAUGUUGGUCAAAAUGUUAAGCAAUGAAGAGAGCUCUCCCGAGAAUGAGGAGCUAUUCCGAAAACUGAACAAGUUUGAGGAGUAUUUUAUGGGUUCGAUAGAUAAGCAUAUAGUAGACCCUGAGAUUUUCUUGGAAGGAAGCAGCUUCAAGUUAUGGUGGAGCCUCUACAGUGAUAAGAAAGGAGAUUCUUACAAAUCUCCUUUGGCUAAUUAUAUGAGGGCUAGAAGUUAUGAAGCUUUGUUGUAAUAUGCUGACAGAGUUCAUGUGAAGCUAAUGACGCGAAAACAAGAAAACGAGUAAACUUUGGAUGGGAGUUCUUAUGAUAUGUGUGUGUGUGUCAUUGAUUUCGUAGAUGCGUGCUUAAACUUUUGUACAGGAAGAACUGGCAAAGCAUUAGUCAUGAGCUGGCUUGUUUUGAUCUUAAUAACGUGCAAGCAAGCAUGGCUACUUAGUUAGAUUCACUUACGAUAAGGAAUUUCGGUACAUGGUUCAUGGUUGUGAAUAAGCGAGACCGACCUGAGUUUUCAGGGUUUUUUUUAACUCUUUAGAAUUUAUUUAUGACUUGAGGUUCAUGUUAAAAAAAUAAAAUCAUGUUUUGGUUUAGCUGAGU